AUGGGGUUUGCUCCAUUUUCACAAGCCUCCAAUGUCUUGGCUACGGGAAAUGUUCCCACGCCGGCGGCGAACGCCAACGUCCAAGAAGAGCCGAAGGAGGCGAAGCCGAAAGCCAAGAACACCCGCGCUGCAUAUUCUAACGAGGAGUCCGAGCUCGUGGCAAUCUUGUGGGCGGAGGCAACCCACAAUCCUAUUUUGGGGACCUCCCAAAAGUUGCUCCAAUAUUGGGGAGCAAUCGCGGAGAAGUUCAACGCGCUCAAUACGUCGGGAGCGCCGCCGCGAAAGCCCGAUCAUCUCAAGUCCCACUUCGCCCGUGUCCAAAAGGAGACGAAAUUUUUCGAGGGCUUCUACAACACUUGCAAGGACAAUUGGGGGAGUGGUAUGAGCGACGAUCAAAUCUUCCCACAAGCCCAGACGAUGUUCGAGGCGAAUUUCAAGAAGCAAUUCUCCUACAUCAAAGCUUGGAAAGUGCUUCGUGAAUGCCAAAGAUUCACGUCGCAAGCCGAGGAUGUCCACUCCGCAAAAAAGUCGAAGGGCUCCGAUGGCAAGCUCUGCAACGGGCUACUCGAUGCUUGGACUACUCGAAUAAGGGGCAUCGAGUAG